AUGGCAUGUUCCAAUUACGUUUUAGCAUUCAUUUUGCUUGCAAUAUGCCUGAUCAAUUCAGUCCAGUUGGUAUCUGGAAAUGGGAAUCAAAACAAUGUCCAAAAGGCUUGCAGUGUGACCAGAUAUCAAGACCUCUGCAUCCACUCACUUGCUUCAUUUUCAAGAUCGGCCAAGAGCAGCCCUAGCAGGUGGGCAAGAGCUGCGGUUUCAGUGACAUUGGGUGAGGCCAAGAGUGUGGCUCAGUACUUGCUAGCUCUGCAAAAGCACAGCCGCAUCAAUGGAAGGAGAAGCAGAGUUGCUCUGUCUGAUUGCAUUGAGUGCUUUCAAAACUCAAUCGACGAGCUUCACAAAUCGCUUGGUGUUCUCAGGAGUCUAAGUCGAACGACUUUUGACACGCAAAUGGGUGACCUCAAUACGUGGCUGAGUGCUACCCUUACCAAUGGGGACACUUGUUUGGAUGGCUUUGAGGGCCAGAGAGGAAGACAAGUCAAAUUGCUUCAAAACAAGGUCUUAAAAGCCACUCAUAUCACCAGCAAUGCUCUGGCUCUUGCCAACAAACUUGCCGCCACUGGCCUGGAAAGCCUCCCUCAUUCAUAG